AACGGGAGACUGCGCAAUGCCUGGCACUCGAUGCGCCCUCCGCGGACCGGGCGAUCCAGUGCACCGCCGCAGCGUUACUCUGUCCGGCCGAGCCCCGGCGGCUCUGGCCGCGGCAGCCCUCAGCGCCACGCGUCGAAAGCGCAGGCCCCGAGGACCUGCCGCACUGACAGUAUGAGCCGCACAGCUUACACGGUGGGAGCCCUGCUUCUCCUCUUGGGGACCCUGCUGCCUGCUGCUGAAGGGAAAAAGAAAGGGUCCCAAGGUGCCAUCCCCCCGCCAGACAAGGCUCAGCACAAUGACUCAGAGCAGACUCAGUCGCCCCAGCAGCCUGGCUCCAGGAACCGGGGGCGGGGCCAAGGGCGGGGCACAGCCGUGCCCGGGGAGGAGGUGCUGGAGUCCAGCCAAGAGGCCCUGCAUGUGACGGAGCGCAAAUACCUGAAGCGAGACUGGUGCAAAACCCAGCCGCUUAAGCAGACCAUCCACGAGGAAGGGUGCAACAGUCGCACCAUCAUCAACCGCUUCUGUUACGGCCAGUGCAACUCCUUCUACAUCCCCAGGCACAUCCGGAAGGAGGAAGGCUCCUUUCAGUCCUGCUCCUUCUGCAAGCCCAAGAAAUUCACUACCAUGAUGGUCACACUCAACUGCCCUGAACUACAGCCACCUACCAAGAAGAAGAGAGUCACACGUGUGAAGCAGUGUCGUUGCAUAUCCAUCGACUUGGAUUAAGCCAAAUCCAGGUGUGCACCCAGCCUGUCCUAGCCUCACUAGCCAAGUCCUAUGUAAUACGGAAAACAAGCACUGUAGACUUGGAUUCAGACUUGGAUUCAGUUGCCUAUCAGGGCUCCAGCAUUCAAAGAACCCUUGCAACUCAAGAAGCUGUUUCCUUGUUUUGAUUCAGUGCUCUGCCGUCUAGCAACUAUAAACAGCCAUUUCAAGGCAGGAGAUAUUUUAAAUGUCCAAAAUAUUGGGUCUGAUUUUGAAACUUUCAAACUGACUACUGAUUCUCGCACUAGGUGAAUUUGUCCAAACACAUUGUGUUUUGUAUACACUGUAUGACCCUGUCCCAGAUCUUUGUAUUAUCCACAUUCUCCAACAGUAAAGCACAGAAUGGAUUUGAUUAAGCACACAAAUGCUAAGGCAGAGUUUUGAGAGUGGGAGAGUAAAAAGGAAAGGAAGCCGAAGAUACAAAACCACACCAGAGAGGAUAAAUGACACUCAGAACCAGCAAACACUGAAUUUCUCUUAACUAUGCCACAAGCCUGCUUUAACAGAUGACUUAAGUUGGCAGCAGUAAUCUUUUUAGGAGCUUUUACCACUGUCUUGCAUAUAAGUCCAGAUUUGGCUCAAGUAAAGAGAAAAUGCUCAAAACUAACUUCACUGGGAUAAUCAGCAGUGUAACUACCAUGAAAGCACAUCACUAGCCAAAGAGGGAAAUGUUUGCUCUUCUUACUGUGCCUGUAUUAAGACUAAUGUGCUGUCUUCCAACAUUUAUUGCAAAUGCCGUAUCUGUAACAUUUUAUUGGAGUCAUCGAUGAUGUAAUGAUACAUACUUUUCAUUAUUAUAGUAGAAUAUUUUUAUGGCAAGAUACUUGUGAUCUUGAUCGUACCUAUUAAAAUAAUGCCAAACACCAAAUACGAAUUUUAUGAUGUAUACUUUGUGCUUGGCAUUAAAAGAAAAUGCAAUCCUGGAAGUCUGUAAGUUGUUUUUUGUUACUGUAGUUCAAGUGUAAGUGAAAAAUCGGGAGAGGAUAAUUUCCACUGUGUGGAAUGUGAAUAGUUAAAUGAAAAGUUAUGGUUAUUUAAUGUAAUUCAAAUCUUUUGGUCACUGAUUGCAAGCAUGUUUUAUUUUCCUCCUUUAUCACUUUGAGUUGGGCAAAGAAGCAGCUGGCACCUAGUAUGUUGUUGGGAGUCUCUUAUCUGGUCAGCGGGAAACAAAAUCUUUAUCCAUCUGAACGUGUGUUACUGAGUCAGUGCCUGAACCUUUAUUUUUUAAAAAUGUUCUUUAAAGGUUAACAUUUCUAAAGCAAUAUUAAGGAAAUACCAUUUACUUGACAUGUUAUUUUCGAAGACUUAUGUGUGUAUACAAAUAGCAGAUACUGAUGAAUAGUUCACACAAAGUUUAAGGAGAAAAUAAAAGUGGAUAUACAGAACACCUGUUAGUGACCAGUUAAUGCUUAAGAGUGAAAGUAGUUCUAUUGAUUUGUCAUUCCUCAAGAUAUUUAAUAUCGACUGUAUUACGUAUUAUGUCUGCUUUAGUCAAUUAAAAACAAUUACAUAGACUAUGACUGAGGUACCUUGCUGUGUAGGAGAGGAUGAAAGGAUUUGAUAGCCUCAUAAAACUAAUUUGGCUUCAAGUUUCAUGAAUCUGUAACUAGAAUUUAAUUUUCACCCCAAUAAUGUUCUAUAUAGCUUUUGCCAAAGAGCAACUAAUAAAUCAAACCUCUUUUU